AUGACUUCAGCACUUUAUUUAGAGCAUUAUUUAGAUAGUCUUCAACAUCUGCCAAUAGAAUUACAAAGGAACUUCAAAUUAAUGCGGGAUCUCGACGAUCGAGCGCACGGUCUAAUGAGGACAAUCGAUCUUAUGGCCGACGAAUUAUUGCCGAAUAUUCCUAAAAUGGACGAUGAAACCAAAAAGGAAAAGGUUAAUACAAUCCAGGGUUUAUUUAAUAAGGCCAAAGAGUAUGGAGACGAUAAAGUACAGCUAGCGAUACAGACAUAUGAGUUAGUCGAUAAACACAUACGGCGCCUUGAUUCUGACCUCGCACGCUUUGAAACUGAAAUUCAAGAGAAAGUAAUGAGCUCGCGUGCCGCCCAACAGGCUGCCGCAGAGCAGGAGACUAGUACUACGACUGUCAAAAAGGGCAGAAAGAAACAUAAAGGUAAUGAAAAGGCUGCCACAUCUACAGGCAAGAAGAAACGUGCGGGUGCUUCCAGCGAAGAUGAUGCAGUAGCUAGUGGUCGAUCAGCCGCCAAAAAGAAGGCACAGAGGAAAGGUGCAACAACUGCAACUAAUGCUGUCAAAGAACAGGAAGAAAAUGCAGACCUUGAUUCUGUGGCUGGCAUGGCACAUCCUAGUGAUGUUCUUGACAUGCCUGUAGAUCCUAAUGAACCUACGUAUUGUCUGUGUCACCAAGUAUCAUAUGGUGAGAUGAUUGGUUGUGAUAAUCCUGAUUGCCCCAUAGAAUGGUUCCAUUUUGCAUGUGUCGAUCUUAAAAUUAAACCUAAAGGAAAGUGGUAUUGCCCCAAAUGUACACAAGACAGAAAGAAAAAAUGA